AUGAUAUCUCUUGAAACCUUCCCAACCUUUUAUUCCUGGCACCACUCUAUUAGAGGAACAUUAGAAUCAUAUUUGGAAGCUCCAUCUCCAAACAUCCUAAACAUCUGUGGAGCAAAUGGAUCAAUAAACUAUGGGAUGAGAUUCUUAAUGUCUAUUGCCGCGGUUAACUUCAUUUCAUCACGUCUUGGAAACCGUUGUGAAUAUAAAUGCCCAAAUUGUAAGCAUGAGGAAACUUACAAUCAAUUGACUAGCAAAAACAGUGUUGAUGGCAGAUUCAAGUUCGUGUGUCAUUUGGGCCAAGGAAACUGA